CAUUUCAAUUUCAUGUAAAAUAAAAACAAAUGCAAAUAAUUUUUCUAAAUUCCUAGUAAGUUCUUGCUAUUUUGCGCAAACAAAUCUCGAAAUAAUUUGCCAAAAAACAAACCGCGUUUCAUACCACGUUAGUACCUAAGACAGGGAUGUUGUUAUCGCCAUCACCCGCGAUUAAGUGUGGUCAAUUUUGAUUAUGACAUUUUGGUUGUCAUCGCGUUAAAUCUGCCUUGAUCGGUCUAUUAUUUUAUUUAUUGGAAAAAUUAAAUAUACAGAGAAUUAAUAAUGUUUUGUGCAUAUUCACACUUGGGAAGUUUAGGUCGAAAGCCAACUCAUAACCGCUACAUCCCAAGAACACGCCCAGCUAGUGAGAGGAGGACUGUAGAGGCAAGAUCUUAUCAAUAUGAUGUUAUAAGGGACUUGUCGCAACUUAUAAACAAAUCGCCCCGCAACGUUAGGCGAAUUAUAGAACAUAAUGCCUCUGCCCGAGGCUUUUUUAAUACACAACGGUUAAACGAAAUAUUAUCUAGAACGAAAACCACAAUAACCGCUAACGGCUUUACUGUAAGUCUGGAUGUCGGUUUUGAAAGGUGUAAACAUGCCAAACACUUGAUUGACAUCAGUUUUCGUGCCUGCCGUUCGACGAAUUCCAAAUUACUUGCCCCCCUUGUUGGCCAACAAAUUGGGUUUGCUCGCCAUUUCAAAACUGACCGGUCUAUCGAUGCGGAAAUGAAGAGAAAUCCUACAAUAUUUUCCAGAUUAAGGACAGCUUUUGGAGGAAAUCCACAGAAACUUGAGGCUGAAUUGUCUCAUGCUCAGACCGAAACGAUAAAAAAAUUGCUUCAAAAGAGUAGUGAGAAUGGACCAAAAAAGAAUGAGGCUGAUAAUAUCAAAAUAGCUUUUGCUGAAGGAUACUUAGCAGCUGCGAAUUCUGAUGAGUCACCAAAAUCAGGGAAAACUAUGAAAUAUCUUAAAGUUUUCCAACAGCUCUUGGUAAUAGUUGUUUUCAUUGGAAUUUUUCUAAGUUUGUUUUCAUCUUCAAACGGUUCGAUGUUCAGUAGAAUACAGUUGGGUAACCAAGUUGAAGUAGAUCCCGAAGAAAUCCACGUAACAUUUGACGAUGUAAAAGGCUGUGAUGAAGCUAAACAGGAAUUAAAAGAGGUUGUGGAGUUUCUUAAGAAUCCCGAGAAGUUCUCUAAUCUGGGAGGUAAACUACCAAAAGGUGUCUUAUUAGUGGGACCACCAGGUACCGGAAAAACGUUGCUAGCACGAGCAGUUGCUGGGGAAGCAAACGUUCCAUUCUUCCACGCCGCUGGGCCAGAGUUCGACGAAGUCCUUGUGGGUCAGGGUGCAAGGCGCGUACGCGAUCUAUUCAAGGCGGCAAAACAACGGGCACCAUGUGUAAUUUUUAUUGAUGAGAUUGAUUCUGUUGGCGCGAAGCGAACGAAUUCUGUCUUACAUCCAUAUGCUAACCAAACUAUAAACCAAUUAUUAGCUGAAAUGGAUGGAUUUCAUCAGAAUGCAGGUGUAAUCGUAUUAGGUGCCACAAACAGACGUGAUGAUUUAGAUCAAGCAUUAUUGCGUCCAGGCAGAUUCGAUGUUGAGGUUGUGGUGUCCACGCCAGACUUUACUGGCCGUAAGGAAAUUCUUUCCCUGUAUUUAGCAAAAAUUCUUCAUGAUGAAAUUGACUUGGACAUGUUAGCGCGAGGUACAUCUGGUUUCACGGGUGCCGAUUUGGAGAAUAUGAUAAAUCAAGCAGCUUUAAGAGCGGCUAUUGAUGGCGCUGAGACCGUAACAAUGAAACAUUUGGAAAGUGCACGAGACAAGGUGUUGAUGGGCCCCGAAAGAAAAGCUCGGCUCCCAGAUGAGGAAGCAAACCUCAUUACUGCUUAUCAUGAAGGCGGACACGCUAUUGUAGCAUACUAUACUAAGGAAUCACAUCCGUUACAUAAAGUUACAAUUAUGCCUCGUGGACCCUCACUUGGCCACACCGCAUACAUUCCUGAAAAGGAGCGAUAUCAUGUGACAAAAGCUCAACUUUUGGCAAUGAUGGAUACCAUGAUGGGUGGGCGUGCAGCAGAAGAGUUAAUUUUUGGCACAGAAAAAAUCACAUCAGGCGCAAGCAGCGACUUAAAGCAAGCAACUUCCAUAGCUACACACAUGGUUAAAGACUGGGGCAUGUCGGACAAAGUGGGUCUUCGUACAUUUGAGAACGCAAAGGGACUUGUCGCGUCGGAAUCAUUAGGACCGAAUACUGUGGAAGUAGUUGACGCUGAGAUAAAGCGAAUUUUAAAUGAAAGCUAUGAGCGAGCUAAAGCAAUAUUAAGAAAACAUACUAAGGAGCACAAGGCGUUAGCGGAGGCGCUGCUAAAGUACGAAACCCUAGACGCAGAAGACAUUAAAGCUAUAAUGAAUGAUUCGCAUUAACUGUAGUAUAUUUAAUAUAGUCAGACUUGAUACAACUUUUAACAAAAGAAAAAAAAUGAAAUAAAAUAAAUGGUAAACAAAUCCUAA